CAAUAACUGCGAAAUAUUCUCUCCGUAUGAUAUAUUAGGUGAGUACUUCGCCGUUAAUGAAAUUUCAUUAACUGCGGAAUAUUCUCUCUGUACAAUACAUUGGUUGACUACUUCGCCGUUAAUCAGGUGACAAUUUCAAUACCUGCGAAAUAUUCUCCCCUUAUAAUAUAUUGGGUGACUACUUCGCCGAUUAUGAAAUUUCGAUAAGCGCGAAAUAUUCUCCCUGUAUAAUUUAUUGGUGCUUUUCAAUUUGUUGCGAAAUUUUAUUGCUAUCUAUAGAGUAGAAUAAUUUCAAAUUUUGCAUUUGUCAAAGUACCGGUAACAUGGUCGCCAAUUUUCAUGGCUUGUGGUUUUCACUUGAGGGUUGACAGACCUACACGACUUCCACGGCUCGCUCCAUAUGUACAUUUGCUUGUUUUUUUAUUGAUUUCGGUCCUCCGGCCUGCCUUUUUUCCCUGAGAGGACUUUUGACUCUUGGACUCGGCCCGGGCCUGGAAAAACCGUAAUUUUCCAGUGGUUUUCCACUCAUACUUACACGUGAUCGCAGCAUGCUCCUCCCCACCUCAGGACAUUUGGCCAAACCUCAUUUUGUAAAAAUCCUGCAGCUUUCUAACCCUUCCUAUUUCAAGCUUGGUUGUUCCUCUAAACAGACCUCCUUCAGUGAUCCCGAGAUCCGGUGCCCUUAAGAAGUUGUUAGCAUUUUGCACGCCACCAGACAGAUUCAAGGUAUCUUAAGCAAGCGAUGGCAUUGUACGACACUAGUUAUGAAAAGUACUUUGGUAAUAGGUUAAUCCAACUGACAAACGAGACGACAGAGGAUGAAAUAGCAAAUGUCUACGACAAAUGGGCGACCGAGUAUGACAAGGAUGUCCUGCAUGGAGCCGGCGUCGCUUAUCACAAGCCGUUGGCCAAAUCUCUAGAUGCCGCUAUCAAACAGGCUUUCCCGGACCAAAAGCAGAGCCAGGUUAAGAUAAUUGACGCAGGUGCCGGAACAGGGCUUGCUGGUGUCGAACUUUCCAAACUUGGCUAUACGAAAAUUGACGCUAUUGAUAUUUCACAAGAAAUGUUAAAUGAAGCAAAAAAGACGAAGGCCUACACGAAGCUCAUCUGCGCCCCACUCAAUGAACAGCGGAAUCCCGAGAUAGAAACAGGAGAGUAUCAUGGGCUGAUCUGUACUGGCACACUUGUUCCAGCUCAUGUUCGACCAGAGGCUCUUGAGGAGAUGAUCAGGAUGGUGAAAACAGGAGGUCUCUUCAGUUUUACAAUGCGCAAUCAAGACGUGAAGCAAUAUGAAGAUAAGCUGCUGGAGCUGGAAAAAACAGGAAAAUGGAAGAUUUUCUCCAAGGAGACGAUGCCAUAUUUUGGUGAUAGAGAUUUGCCCAAAGAGGUCAACGGAUUCAUCUACAAAGUACUAAAAAAUUGAACUUCGAAUGUUCAAAGAAAAUAAUAUAGAAAUGUUACUAGCUGGACCAUAAUAUUUGUUAUUUUGGUAUUUUCGUGUUCAGUAAAAAAUACAAUAUUCAAGACUGGAUUAGAUUAAAAAACGCCUCUGGCUGA